CUGAAAAAGCAACAGAUAAGCACGAACAAAACAAUCAUCUUCCAUCUUAAUCCUCUGUCUUGUUUCGCAAGUGUUCCCUCUAAUGGCGAAAGAGAAAAACGAGACUCCGACGGUGAAGAAGACUCCUAUGGCGUCAAAAGAGAAACCAAAGAAGCUUAAAAAACCCAAAACCACCACUCAUCCUCCAUAUUUUCAGAUGAUAAAAGAGGCUUUGAUGAAUCUGAAAGAGAAGAACGGGUCAAGCCCUUACGCUAUAGCAAAGCAGAUAGAGGAGAAAUACAAACCUCUACUCCCUGAGAAUUUCCGUAAAACACUUUCUCUGCAGCUUAAAAACUCUGUCGCUAAGGGUAAGCUCGUGAAGAUCAGAGCCUCGUACAAGCUCUCAGAGACCACCACGAGGACAACGAGGCAGCAGCAGAAGAAGAAGAUGGAGACUCGGUCGAAGAAGACUGUGAGCAAGCCAGAAAUGGUGACGACGAAAAAGAAGAGGAAAGCAAAGAAGCCAAGACAGCUUAAGUCGAUCAAGUCUCCAGGCUCUAAGAAGGUCUUGAGAGCUUCCGCUUCUUGAUCAACAAGAAAGACAGAAGAAGAGUGUGUGUGUGUGAAUAUGAAGAAUAAGGGUUUUCUCUCUGUAAAAUAGUUGACUCUGUUUUUUUUUUUUGGUUUCGGUGCGUCUCCUUUAGGGCUUGUAAGGGUAAGGAGUCUAGGUAUGUGUAUAAACUACGCACUUGUCAAUAUAAUAUAUGCAAUAAUUUGUGGUUGUAUAGCCCUACGACUGUGGAGAGACAACACCUUCUUACC